UACGAGUCGGCCGAGGCCACGCUGGGCUUCAUCAGCUCCCCGUGUCUGCCAAGGUGGAGCUGCGCGUGGCGUCCCGCGGCAUCUCCGACCGCGACGCCCUCUCCAAGCCCGACCCCUGCGUGGUGCUGAAGAUGCAGUCUCACGGCAGUGGUUUGAGGUGGACCGCACAGAGGUGAUCCGCAGCAGCAUUAACCCAGUCUUCUCCAAAGUCUUCCUGGUGGAUUUCUAUUUUGAAGAAGUCCAAAGGCUCCGCUUUGAGCUCCUCGACAUCAGCUCCGGCCACAACGGACUCCGUGACGCUGACUUCCUGGGGGCAAUGGAGUGCACUUUAGGACAGAUUGUCUCCCAAAGGAAACUGACCAAAGCCUUGCUUAAGCAGGGAAACACGGCUGGAAAGUCCUCCAUAACGGUGACAGCAGAGGAACUGUCUGGUAAUGAUGAUUAUGUCGAACUCUCCUUCAGUGCUCGUAAGCUAGAUGACAAGGAUUUCUUCAGCAAAUCGGACCCCUUUCUAGAGAUCUUCAGAAUAAACGAUGAUGGGACUGGUUCGCUUGUACACCGAACAGAGACAGUGAUGAACAAUCUGAGUCCGGUGUGGAAGUCUUUCAAAGUGUCCCUGAACACAUUGUGCAGCGGCGAUGAGGACAGAGAACUGAAGUGCACAGUGUGGGAUUGGGACUCCAAUGGGAAACACGAUUUCAUCGGAGAAUUUCAGACCACCUUUAAAGAGACGAAAGCAGGGACAGACGAGGGCAAACUGUUGCAGUGGGAGUGCAUCAAUCCAAAAUACCAAGUGAAGAAGAAGAACUACAGAAACUCUGGCGUGGUCGUCCUCAACCACUGUAAGAUUAUUAAAAUGUAUUCCUUUCUGGACUACAUCAUGGGAGGCUGUCAAAUCCAGUUCACUGUGGCAAUAGACUUCACAGCGUCCAACGGGGACCCCCGGAACAGCUGUUCCCUCCAUUACAUCCACCCCUACCAGCCCAACGAGUACCUGAAGGCCCUGGUGGCAGUCGGAGAGAUCUGCCAAGACUACGACAGCGAUAAGAUGUUUCCAGCAUUUGGUUUUGGGGGACAGAUUCCACCUGACUUCAAAGUGUCACACGAUUUUGCUGUGAACUUCGACGAAGACAACCCUGAAUGUGCUGGUAUCCAAGGGGUUGUAGAGGCCUACCAGAACUGCCUCCCUAAGAUCCAGCUGUACGGGCCCACCAACAUCGCCCCCAUCAUCCAGAAGGUGGCCUCAACAGCCUCUGAAGAGAUGCACACCAAAGAAGCCAUGGAGUACUUCAUCCUGCUGAUCCUGACGGACGGCGUGAUCACGGACAUGGCGGACACGCGCGAGGCCAUCGUGCACGCCUCCCACCUGCCCAUGUCCGUCAUCAUCGUGGGCGUGGGCAACGCCGACUUCACCGACAUGCAGAUGCUGGACGGCGACGACGGGAUCCUGCGCUCGCCCAAGGGCGAGCCCGUGCUGCGCGACAUCGUGCAGUUCGUGCCCUUCAAGGACUUCAAGCACGCCUCCCCAGCUGCUCUGGCCAAGAGCGUACUGGCAGAGGUCCCAAACCAGAUCGUGGACUACUACAACGCCAAAGGCAUCAAGCCCAAGUGUGUCUCCGACUACGAGUCCACCAGGGCCUUCAGCCCCUGACCACGGACACGCAAAACGUGUGAUAUGAAAACAUGGAAUACAUGAUACAUUUAUAUACAAGUACUAACAUGUGACACCCGAUGAGCACAAAUACACACACAAACACACGCCCACCAAGACUCAUCAUAUUUGCAGUAGCCUAGCUCAGAGAAUUAGCUUGUUCCGGUGGUUUUAAAUUAUUACAUGGAUGACUAUUGCAUGUUUGGCCACAACGGCGUACCUUUGGGGAAGUAUUGUUAUUACCUAUAAUAUCAGAGAAAUGUACAUAGCAAUAUAAAGGCAGUCUUUUGAAUCGGCAUGCAGACUGUAGCCCACCCAGAGAAAUGACAUAUCUACCUUAUUUAGAUAACUAGCAAGUGUAAGACUAGUACCUCUGAAAAGUCAGUAGUCCAUGAUGUGAAUGGAGACCCAAAUAAGCUUAGCGUUAGCAUCCUCAGUGUAAGUAAAACCUGACAUAGCAUAGCUGCAAUAUAAGGAAAGUUGACAGGCCUCGUAGAUAGCUGCUAGCUGCUUCCUUGCUAGUCUACUUUAUACAGUUAUUGCAUGUCAACUCUAGCUUAUAUAAUGACAGAGCGUAGCUGCUUGCUAGUUACGAAAUAAAGUAUCUUUGUCAUUUUAUUGACAUUCAGGGUUGUCUUGGGUGCGUUAGAUUAUUUUUUACAGAUUUGUCAAGAUUUUGCUAUAUGGAAUCAAACAAAUAAAUAAUUGUGAUAAUUUCUUAACCUUCUUAUAUUGUGAACUGUUUCGGGAGUAUAGCCAGGAGUUUGUGACCUGAAUCUUUAUUUUAUUUCUUUCCUCUGUAAUUUGCAUGUAGACUACAAUAAAGAUUGUGUAGUUUUCUCCCUUCA